AUGGGUCUCGCCUUUUCGAAGCUUUUCGACCGACUGUGGGGGAAGAAGGAGAUGCGAAUUCUGAUGGUUGGUCUUGAUGCCGCUGGUAAAACCACUAUCCUUUACAAGCUCAAGCUUGGUGAGAUUGUCACCACCAUUCCCACCAUCGGCUUCAACGUCGAGACCGUCGAGUACAAGAACAUUCAAUUCACCGUGUGGGAUGUCGGUGGUCAGGACAAGAUCCGUCCUCUGUGGAGGCACUACUUCCAAAACACUCAGGGUAUCAUCUUCGUCGUCGACUCCAACGAUCGCGACCGUAUCGUUGAGGCCCGAGAGGAGCUCCAGCGCAUGCUCAACGAGGACGAGCUCCGCGAUGCCAUUCUCCUUGUCUUCGCCAACAAGCAAGAUUUGCCCAACGCCAUGAACGCCGCCGAGAUCACAGACAAGCUUGGCCUCCACAGCCUGCGACAACGCGCCUGGUACAUCCAGUCCACUUGUGCUACCUCAGGUGACGGUCUCUAUGAGGGUCUCGAGUGGCUCGCCAACACCCUCCGAAAGGCGGGUCACCAGUAG